GGAGCACGUGGUCAUCUUUGGUCCUGAUGCUGUGACCGCUUUCCUCCGCACGCGCCGCGCUUUUAGGGGUGUGUUCACCGUGUACUAGCAAGUCUGGAUCGGAAUUUUCCUCAGCCUGCCAGGCCGACUGCACGGCAAAAUAUGUAGGCUAGAAGGACACAGAGGACGGCGCGACUCGGUGUAGGCGGGUAAAUGGGAAAUCUGAUGGGCAGUUUGCGCUACAAGGAGCCGAGAACUGUGGAGGAAUGCGACUCGACAUGGGAGUCAGAUUCGGAAAGCGACGAGCAGCCGGGUGAUGAGGACAGCGGGAUAUCGGAGUGUGUCAGCCGGUUUGAGACAGGGAGAUGCGGCGAACAGGCGAACAUGUCCCCGAAGCUCUCUGACUCUAAGUCCAGCACCAAGAUGAAGAGGAGUUUUUAUGCUGCAAAAGAUCUUUACAAAUAUCGCCACAGCUACCCGAACUACAAGGCGCCCCGGCUACCUAAUGACUACCGCAACCUCCGCUUCUACCUGAACAAGAUCCCUCUAAUACCAGACGGUAUCUUCAUUGAGGAGAUCCUGACCAAAUGGAGAGGAAAUUAUGACAAACUGGAGCACAAUCACACCUACAUACAGUGGCUUUUCCCUCUGAGGGAGCAAGGGCUCAACUUCUAUGCUCAAGAACUCACUCAGGAGGAGAUCAAGGAAUUCCAAAGCACUCGGGAGGCCAAGCGGCGAUUUCUGCUGGCGUACACACUCAUGCUAGAUUUUUACGGGAUCAAACUCCUGGAUAAAAGUGGAAAUGUCGCCCGAGCUUCCAACUGGCAAGAACGCUUUCAGCACCUCAAUGAGUCCCAGCAUAACUAUCUGCGGAUCACGCGCAUCCUCAAGUCUCUGGGUGAGCUGGGCUUCGAGGCCUUCAAGGCCCCCCUGGUGCGUCUGCUGCUGGAUGAGGCUCUGUGCCGGGGCACCCUGCCCAACAUGUUGCACAGCACCCUGGAGUAUUACGUCUACACCAUCCGCCUCCGCUCCCACCGCCGCAGUCUGCUCCGGUACGCCCGCCAGCACUACCAGCCGGCCAACACCUUCCUCUGGGGGGCCCCCGGCCAGGAGGAGAGGAGUUGAGGCAGGGCCAGGAGGCAGGGUGGCAGAACCCACCCCAGAGAGGGAGAGGAGAGGAGGAGACCCCCAUAGGGCUCGUAGUCCACUUACG